UGUAAAGUCUUGCGUCGAAUCGAGAUCAGGCCGUCGUGCGAGUCCAGCAUUCACCCAAAGCCAAAGAAACUCACUGUACAAGCGAUUCAACGGAGAAGACUCGGUUCCAGCAGAACAAACAGCAACAUGGCGCGCCCUUUUGGCUUUUCGACAACGGGGACAUCUGUGGCGGAGAUGUUUGCACCGGCCAUCAAGGGCAAGACCAUUGUGAUCACCGGGGUCAACAAGGGCGGGCUUGGGGGAAAGUUGGUUGAGACCCUCAGCGUCCAUGCACCCAAGACCCUCAUCCUGGCAAGCCGAACGCCGUCCAAGAUCCAAGAGAUCAUCGACGAGGCGCGCGCAAAGUCGCCAGGCACGACGUACAUUGCCGUCCCGCUGGACCUCUCGUCUCAGCAGUCCUGCCGCAGCGCAGCGUCUUCCAUCCUCUCGAACGCACAGGUCGAGAAGAUCGACAUCAUGUUCAACAACGCCGCCGUCAUGAGCAUUCCUGAACGACAGCUCAGCCCCGAAGGGAUCGAAUUGCAAUUUGCAACCAACCACAUCGGUCACUUCCUCUUCACGAACCUGCUCAUGCCCAAGAUCCUGGCGGCCGCAAAGUCCAACCCCAAGGGCAGCACGCGUAUCGUCAACGUCUCUUCUCGCGGCGUGGCCUACAGCCCUGUCCGUUUCUCCGACAUCAACUUCGACAAGGAAAUGGGAAGCUUGCCCAAGGACGAACAACCCGAUUAUGCCGCACUGGCGACCACAGGCCGACCGGUCGAGCUCAACGAGAAGUACAACGCCACCGUGGCUUACGGCCAGUCCAAGUCGGCCAACGUGCUGUUCGCGCUCGGACUGCUCUCCCGUCUCUAUGAGAAGUACGGCAUCCUGUGUUUUGCCCUGCACCCCGGCGCGAUCUUGACGGAGCUGAGCCGCCACUACGACCCCGCCGCCCUCGCAGCGAUCGUCGAGAAGUUCAAGUCCGAGUUCAAGAGCAUCGACCAGGGCACCGCCACGUCCUUGGUCGCGGGACUGGACGACACCCUCGGCCCGGCCAACCUCAAGGACGGGAGCGGGAUCUACUUGAGCGACGGACAGAUCGCGCAGGCUCCUGCGUGGGCACAGGAUCCGAAAUCGGCGGAGCGAUUGUGGGAGUUGAGCGAGAAGCUGGUCGGACAGAAAUUCGAGUAUUGA